AUGCCCGCCCCACCCCGCAUCCAGGUCAGUGACCUAACAUUCACGUUCCCUGGCUAUCCUACAGGAGUUCACUCCGUCACGCUCGACCUCCCUCCUCGAUCACGCACCCUGCUUAUUGGGGCUAAUGGUUCUGGCAAAACUACCCUCCUAAAGCUUCUCUCAGGGACACGACUCCCCCCAGCAGGAACCAUCCGUAUCUGUGGCAUAGAUCCCUUCCAAGAGUCCCUCGCAGGCGUGACGUACCUUGGUCUUGAAUGGGCCACUAAUCCUAUUGUCCGUCACGACAUCGAGGUGAUGGAACUACUCCGCUCGGUAGGCGGGAAUGACUAUCCUGAGAGAAGAGAUGCGCUCGUCACUAUGCUCGAUAUUGAUACAAAUUGGCGAUUGCAUGCAGUCUCAGAUGGUGAGCGACGCCGCGUACAGCUCGCAAUGGGACUGCUGAGACCGUGGACGAUAUUGUUUCUCGACGAAAUCACUGUUGAUUUGGAUGUCCUAAGUCGCGCUGAGUUUUUAGGCUGGCUGAAGCGUGAGACAGAAGAGAGAGAGUGUACAGUUGUUUAUGCCACGCACAUUCUGGACAACCUUGCGGGAUGGCCGUCGCACCUGGUACACAUGAGCCUAGGCUCAGUCAAGCAAUGGGGCGAGACAGAGAGGAUCCUGCCGAGCUAUGAUGGCAUAGUGGCACAAACAGGAAAUAGUCGAUUGGGCGAAAUGGCCAUAGGGUGGUUAAAGGAGGACGUUAAGAAGAGAGGUCCUCGAAACCAUACUUACAGUUCGUUAACAUAG